GCUACCCUAUGGCAUAUAUGCCUGGAUAUCCAGUGCCUAUGGCCUAUGGCGGUGCACCGUGGGGACCCUAUGGGCCGCCCCCCUACGGCAUGCAGUGGGGCCCCCCUGGGGACUACAGCCAGACCAGUCGGGCAAUAAAAAGUGACCGACGCGAUCGACGCGGUCGGGAUGGGCGAGGAGGUAUGGACUUCGGGGCCUUUAACGGCCGCGACUCACGCGAUGAGCGCGAGAAAGGUGCAAAGUGGAUGCCUGGACGCGGACGAAAUCCAGACCUGGAGGCGGAAAAGCUGACGGGCGUCCCUCUAGCGCGCAAUUACAGUGAGCAUGACGACAGGCGGAACGAUGCCGCCCCAGCUGUCAGGCGAGGAGGUUCACCGGGCGGCAAGUGGAAGAAUGACAUGUUUGAACAGCUAUCAGGGGACAAGAAGGAUGACUGA